AUGGCUCCGAUGUACAUGUGGUACAUGAUGGUCAGAGACCCCAGAAUUAUGGCACUGGCGCCGAAUGAUACGCCUCCGAAUUCAACUCGGAAUCAUCAUUUGCGUUGGACUCGAAUGCCUCUUUGGAUUCCGUGGCCCGGAAACAAAUCUCCAAGCUCCGUCAUAACUGUUAAAUCAACAGCACCCCGUCAUCAAGUUGAGUCCGCCGCGAUUCUGUUUGCCGUGGACUCCGUGGGCUUUUCUACGGCGGAGAAAACUUGCAGAAAUGGUAAUGUUAUUUCAACAGCGAACGAUAAAAAAGACUUUAUCGAAGAAAACAUGCAGUUUUCAGGCAAAUCGUACAUAUUUAUGGCUCAACGUCGACAAAGGGUGAAUAUCCAGGAAGCUGAUAAGCCUUUGGCAAGGAUACAAGCGGAAUAG